GCCCGGCUCACCAGCCCUUCUCUUUGUCACUUCCUUCCUCAGCCUCUUCCUCUCCAGUGCGUUGGAGAAGAUAGCCAGGUCCGGACCGACGUACCCCAGUUUUUCAUCAAAAAAUAAAAGGAGGCGGAGAGGCAGCAAUGAAUGUGGAUCAUGAGGUUAACCUCUUAGUGGAGGAAAUUCAUCGUCUGGGUUCAAAAAAUGCUGAUGGGAAGUUAAGUGUGAAAUUUGGGGUCCUCUUCCGAGAUGACAAAUGUGCCAACCUUUUUGAAGCAUUGGUAGGAACUCUCAAAGCUGCGAAACGAAGGAAGAUUGUUACGUACCCAGGAGAGCUGCUUUUGCAAGGUGUUCACGAUGAUGUUGACAUUAUAUUGCUGCAAGAUUGAUGUGGUUUUCAUAUCUUUAAUAUUAAUUUUUGUUUCUGGUAAACUGGAAAUGUUAAGUCAAAGGGCAACAUAUCAACAUACUUGAUGUAUUUUUAUAGAACUUUGUAAACAAAAAGGAACUCAUAUUUUAGAAGUCUGUUCUUUUUAUAUCUUGAAAGAAAAUUUAUGUAUGACACUGUAAAAUAAACAUAACCUAUUAUUUUUCUCAGGAAUCUGGUUGGAAAAUAUAGGCAUUGAGGCUUUUUUUGGUGGGAGUGCAAGAGUGUUUGUUUCAUAAAUCAUUCUUAGACAAUUUCUACACAUAUUUGACAUUCUGUGAAAGCAAGAAGCAAACUGAAGACCAGCUCCCACAAGGAAUAUUAUAGAGUUUACAUAAUAAAACAUGUAACUGCCUUAAAA